AUGCUACUUUUGAGCCCAUUCUGCGGCGCUGGUCGCCUUUUGGUAGUCUUGGUAAUUUUUUGCGCGCUGAAAACCGGUCUGGGAGCGAUUUUGGACGUCGACACAACGGCCGAUGUUUACGGCGUGCUGAACUCUAGUCAAGUGCCGGUUUUCGUCAUGCUGUACAUGCAUGGAUGCCGGUAUUGCGAAGAGUUGGAACCCCAUUUUAGCUAUUUGCAAACACUUUUCCCUGAAAAGCUUGCGUUGCUGAAAGUGGAUGGGAAACGGGCUAGCGGAUUUGCCCGUGAAAUUGGUGUGCGAAGUUUUCCGGAAUUGGUACUUUUCGGUCCCGGAGAAGACUCGUAUUUGGGCAAAUUCCACGAUUCGCGCGACCUGGUUUCGCUUGCGUCGUUUGUGAGUCGCAACACGGGCCUUAUGGCAGAAUGGCAGCACGAAUCGCAGAUCUGCACGCUGGACGAUGCGUCUGCGCCGAUCGACUUAUCCCAGACGAACCUCCUGGUGUUUGUAUCGCCGUGGAUGGACCCCGAGCUUGUGUGGCUGUUUGCGGGCGAACAGUCGACCAGUGUUCUGAACAAACUGAACAGCGAUGAACAUGAGGGUGUGCAAGUGUACCAAAUCGACGCUGCCAGCAGCUCCACGGCCGCAUGGACGCGUCAGUUCCGCGUCCAGAUUCUUCCCACGCUGAUUUUCCUUGUUCCCGGGCCUUCGCAAGGCCUCUUUGAGCUGCGAAUCGAAUGGCGCGGAGGGUGCACGCGUUUAAAUGGCCAGGCGCACGAGAUUUUGACCCAAAUUAUCAGAAAGUGCGGCGAUUCCAAUACUAUCCGCUCUUGCGGAUGUCGUGAGUAUCUCGAAACACUGCCCAACGUCAGCAUUCGUGAGAUAUCUGAGGUUUCAGUGCUUCGAACGCUGGAAGACUCUAACAUCACCGAAUUUGAUCCAAAUUUGGCCAAAGAGGUCUCAUUCGAAAACUUAACGACUCUGGAAGACGAUUAUGACGACUAUGAAGACGAUUACGACCUCGAAGAACAAGAUACCUCUAUUUUCGAUACGUUGAGAGAACUUUAA